GCUAAGCCAAAUUGCAAACACUCACAGUAGUGUGAGAAAAGUGGAGUGAGUGUGAGAAAAACAAACUCUAUUAAAUUCAUAUGUUCAAGAAAUUAAGAAGUAGAAAUCAAAAUCAAAAUUUUCUUCUUCUUCAUUGUCAACAUUGUUCAGCUUCUUCAUUACAGUGUUUGUUUUUCUCGACAAUGUCUUUUGAUGAAGAGUUCUUGAACUGUGAUGAUUUCGAUUUGCAGUUUUGGAUUGAUGAACCAGUUUUUCCAUUUGAGAAUUCACCAGUACCUGAUCUUGAUAUUCUCAAUACCAAUUCAGUCUCAUCAAAUGAGAAUCAGAGUAAUGAUUCGAUUCCUGUGAACUCAUUUGAUGAUUUGUCUCCACCAAGUCAAGAACUCAACAGUUUGUCACUUCAAAAUGAAACUCAUUCUGCUCAAUUUCAUUCAUCAUUACCCGAUAACAACUCUGGUUUUUACUCUGAAAAUGGGUUUAAUUCUGGUUUCUCAUCAGGAUUCAUUGAUAAUUCGUUGUCCGGAAUUAAGUUAGAAGAUCGUUUUAUUACUGCUGGAAAUCCUCAUUUUGAUACCACCAGUUUCAUCAAUUCUGAUGAGAAAAUGAUGAUGCAGAGGAGUUUCAGUAGUCAUUUUCUUGAUCAAAAACCAAAUGAAUUAUUCCAAACAGGGUUCAAUCCUUUAAUGGAAAUACCUCAUUUUCCUGCAUUUUACGAACCCAUGAUCAGAAAAGUCUCUAGCACCGGUGAUUUACAGAGAGUAGAUUCAAGUAAUGGGUACUCAUCAAGUCCAUUAUCUGCUACUGAGAAUUGUUCAUUGGUGGAUGAAGCUCACUUCAAAGCAAAACCUUACACCGCUGAAGAGAAAAAACACAAGAUUGAUAGAUACAGAAACAAACGUACUCAAAGAAACUUUAACAAAACAAUCAAGUAUGCAUGUCGAAAAACUUUAGCCGACAGUCGUCCAAGAAUACGUGGCAGAUUCGCUCGACACGAUGAACCUUCUUUUGAGAUUCCAAAAGAAGAUGAAGAUUUCUGGGAACAGAUGUAUGAAAAUAAUAUGGUUCAAGGAGGUGGUGGUCGAGCACUGUGUGGUAAUGGUUACGAUCGUCGAUAUCUUCAUCAUUCUCACAGCUUCAAUGAGCAGCAAUAUCAAUAUUUUAAUGGGAACGGUACUAAUUGGAGUACUCUUCCAUGGAAUCCUGCUUUAAGUGCUAGCUUUUCUCCGCAGAUGCUUCGGUCAGACUGGUAGAAUCUGUGCAAAAUGUUUGCCAUUUCAACGUAAAUCACUGGAUCAUGGCAUUUGGAUCAACCGUCUUAUAAAUUUAGGAUCUUAGAUAAGUGUCACUGUUCAUGCAAUCUCUUGUGCAAGUGGCGUAGGGUUGAGCACGGAUGGUCAGCUUCGGAUGACUAUGUAUUAGAGUAGUAGUUAAUCGCACAAUAAGACCUUAGCAAGUAAUUACAAUUCCGGUUAUGUUUUUUGUUUUACUGUAAAAUAUUUGCUGAGGAUGAAUAAAAAAGUUUCUUAUCUUGGAAA